GAAAAAAGUUCUGGAAACAUAAUACCUGAAAAAAUGAUAUAUUCAAACGGCAUACCUUUGCCCGAAAAAGGGAACAAAAGACAAAAUACUGUCCCAGAAUUUUUGUCCGAAGAUGAGACCCUGUUUAGCCUGAAGAUCAGAGAGACAGCAGGCACAUUCUAGGCUAUUCGGUGAACUAAGUAAAUAACCGGGGCAAUAUUUUGAUAUUUUCUUGAGAAUUGGAUGACUCUGAGAUUCAUCUUUCUCUCAGAUUUUCUCUCAGAUCAAUAUCUCAGUAUUCUAAAUAUGCACCAAAAAGAGUGCACAAUCUUGUGCAAAUAAUCCGAGGCAAAAACCCUCCGGAAUCGAAAUGCUUGGUUACAAAUGCACAUAAAUAAUUCAUGAAUAAAUUGUAUCGGAUGCAUAUUGAAAAGUCUGCGACUUGAAGAAUACUGCCAAAUCAACGAGAUCACUAUCAGGACGAUUCUAGCUGACUUAGAGCAACCAUGAGGUUACAUAUUGUAGACAUAUUCUGGUUUCAGGCUUAUUUUCUGUUUGUCAAAAGUAACUUUGCCACCAUCGGCAAUUUCUUCCAGCAAACGGAGAAUGGAGAUGAAGUCAGUCUGAAAAUGGAAGAAGCUUUUAUAAAACCAGAAUUUUUUUACUGUGACCGGGCAAGUUCUUGUUCUCGUGUUCUAAAAAGUCAGGGUACAGGACAUUACCAAACUAAUACAGAAGUGACUCCCCUGGAAGAAGAAGAAAGUGUCAUUGCUGCGUGGAAGAAAGUCAAACAACCCACAGAUUGCAAAGACCUAUACAAAGGAGGCAACAGAGAAAGUGGCGUCUAUCACGUAACCAGACCAAACAAGCAAGUUUUGAAGAUUUACUGUGACAUGAAAACAGACGGUGGGGGCUGGACUGUAAUACAGCGCCGUGUUGAUAGCUCAACCGACUUCAACCGUGGCUGGUCUGAUUACAAACAUGGAUUUGGCGAUGUUGGGAAGAAUAUGUGGAUGGGGUUAGAGAACAUGCACUCUCUUGCUGGUCUCAACUCUAACACAACUCUUCGCAUAGAACUAAAGCAUCGACUUAAAGGCGACGAGCUAUUCUUUGCAAAGUAUGGCAGCUUUAAGAUUGGCAACGAGACUGAUGGAUACCGUAUUAGAGUUUCUGGAUAUUCUGGGACAGCUGGUGAUGCUUUUAACAGACUUAAAUUCAAAUAACAACAUGGCAUUCUCUACCAGUGGUAGUGACAAUGAUAAUAAUCCUGAAUAUAACUGUGCAGAUACUUUCAAAGGUGGCUGGUGGUAUAACACAUGCCAUGCCUGCCAGCUUAAUGGGUUAUUUCCAAGUGUUGAUACAUCACAUCCUACUUAUAUGUCAUGGAUAACAAUUGAUGAUAACUAUGGCAAUAUCAAUUUUUCUGAAAUGAAGAUCAGACGUAACUAGGAUCAAGUGGCGAGAGGCGGCCUAAAAGAGGCCGAUCGCGCUUUUCUGCCACUGCAGCGAAUACUUUAGAUAAGUCUUUAGACAAUCAAAAAUGAGAACAAUCCAUCAAGUCGACAUUCUAAAUACUGAUUGGGGUUUUUAGACAAAAAAAUUCACUUGAGGUAUGUUGAAUUUUGAUGGAAUUGGUUUUUGAUGACGUCAAGAGUGCAAAGCUUUCAUUUUCUUAUCAUGUGUCCUCUAAUAAAAUAUGCAACUAAUUUUAAUAAAUUAUUAUUUUUUCGUUAGAAGGUAACGAGACUUUCGACCGAUGUAUAAAUUUUUAGUUUUUGAUGUAAGUUCUCAUCUUUGAUGUUUAGUUUUUAUGACCUCAUCAUCCUGAAUAGAGCAAUUUUUCACGCAUAAUGCAAACUUUCUUUAUUUAAACCCAUUUGAGAAUUGCCUUACCUUGCCGAUUGGGUACAUAAUAAUAGGUCUAUUGUGUAGUCCAACCAAUUAAAAAUUCAAAUGGUCAACGGAAUGCGUCGGGAUGUAGUGACUUUAAAUGCUACCACAUAUACAGUCAGUCACAAUUGCUGCGGUAUAAAACAUAAUCAUAACUACUAUCACCAUCAAUUUAUAAUUCUCUUCGUGUUUGGUUUCCAUAGCAUCUACUAAUUAAUAAUAAUGCAGUUGCAACUUGUUUAUAAUAGCUGCACCAUUUAAUUGUUGCCUCAGUAGCUAAAAUAUCCGAUUCUUCAAUAAGAUGGUUUCCUAGAGUGGCCUUUCAGUCUUGUCUAAAAUAAUCGUCUGGAGAAGUUAGUGCCAAUAGAAUAAAACUAAGGGGAAACAGGCCUGCUUCUUCUAAAGAGGUCUCCUAACCUCCUUUGAAUCAAAUGCCUGUCCGUCAUCUUUGGGUAAACUUAACUCCUUUGAGGUUUUUUAGGCUUUUCCUUGCCUGUUCUCAACUUAGGAUUUUUACAAUUUGAACGAUGUUGACCUUUACUUCACUUUGUGCUUCAACAUUUCUUGUGCGAACUCAAUAUUCAUUUCAUUUCGAAAUCCUUAGGUGAGAGUAUCUCAUUUCUUUCUGCUUGCUACUUGCUUCCUUUAUUAUCUCCUUGUUACUAGAACAUGAAAAAACAUUUAGUCUUUCUUUUAAUAUUCCUCUAAAAUCUGAGACGAUAUGACAUGUCUUUAUAAAUGUCGCUGCUGCUCACUCGUCUGUACUGAAACCCUCUUGCAUAGGCCCAGCCUUAGCUUAUAAAUUUCUGUUCAAUGAUGAUUAAAAUAAAUUAUUCGAGUUAAUUUCACUAGGUGCUUUUGACUUUCAACUAAUUUUCCUGAGUUCGUUAUUGUUUUUUUAUUCCUUAUACUCCUUUGUGCCAGGCUUCUUACCUUUUCCUUGUAUUCGCUUUUUACUAGUUUAUUUGCAAUACCGGGGGCGCUUUUUGGCCUCCUGGGGAUUUUAUUUAUAAUAUAAGGGUAAGGUGUGUGGUUCAAUCCUUGCGUUUUCAUUCCCUUGGUUAUCCUUUCAGUAUUUAAAGUUUUGUCAUAGCGUGGGUCUCACUUUGCUUGUUGAAGCCUCAAUUGAAGUGUGUUGUUUAGUUUUUACGUGUGACUGAGUGAGAGCUAGCUGUAAGAUGAGUCAAAUGAUGACUGGAAAGGUCAGCGUUCCUCUACUUAUUAACCAGGUACGUUUACAAGCUGUUUUAGAAAAUACUUUUGUGUUUGUUACUUGGCAAUUUCAUCUAGUAUAAGUACGAAUUCGAGUGCUCAAGGUUUGCUCGAAGAGAACUUUUUGUCACCUCGAGGUAUGGCUGCUAGAUACAUAAAUAGAUAUUUAUAUAAGAAUAAUUUAAAGUCUUUAAAAGGGGAACAAUAAGUUCCAUAUGGCAAUAUUGCAUCUGUAGGUUAUGCAAAUCUUCUCUUAAAAUGUACAAAUUUAGAAGCUUCAAACUUACAUCUUGUUGCAGAAAAAUUUAAUUAAUUUGUUUACACUAACGUAAUAUAAACUUGUAACUUAGACUAUUUCAUUACCUAUUAUAGUAACUUUCAUUUAUAUAUAGUUAGCUUGAUUAGCUCAUAGCUAUGUAAAGGCAAACUUAAAUGAUAGAAUUAUCAUAAAAAUAUUUCGUAUGUCUUUAUACAUAUCACCGAGAUAAAAUAAGAGAACUGGAACUAGAAUUAAGAGAUCUUGUUAUCACAGAAAAUGGAAGUCGUUAUGAACUGUGAUAGUUUAGUGGAAACGACAAUUAUAUAUGAAGUGUACAAGAUUUAUUUACGUGUUUCAUGUUUCCACCUAUUACAUUAUAUUAUCGAUCGCAAAUCUCGUGUUUCUUAAAUUUUUUUGCAAUUAUAUUGCUGUUUGCAAUAUCACCGUUUAUCUGUGUAUAUCAAUUAUUUGCAUCGGCAGCAUAUUUUAGUGUUUUCUUAGCCUUCUCUGUCACAAUCUUAGUCAAUUGUUUCUUCUCAUGAUUUAGAUUAGGCCUAUCUAGAUUAGCAUCGUAAUAUCCAGGGCCUUUGUGAUACUAAAGCACUGUGGGGCACCAGGCAAAAAAUAUUUUCGGGUCCGGUAAGAUUAUUAAUGUGAUGACGUCUUUAUUCAAAUUUUUUUUUUAUUUUGAGCAAUGGCAUUCAUUGCAUUAUAAAAAGUUUUCAAAAUUUAAGAAGUCAGCAAGAUGUAAUACAGGUUUGAUGUGUUUUGACCAAAUAUUACAGGAGUAUAGGCUUUAUGUGUAUAAUUUAAAUUUAAAUUUCAUUGACUCCACAAUAAUAACAGUUACAAAAAUAAUGCUGAAAAGAAAGAUAAGAUAAUAAAAAAUAAAUGUAUUCUUUGAAAAUUUAAGCAUUAAAAUGCAUUUCAGAAAAUUUCUUGCAGCCAUUUCUUGGAAUCGUUUAGAACGUAAGACUGUUUCCAGGCAUAAUUUUGCUUCAUUCGAUUGUUUCUAUUCUCAAAAUGAAGUUCAUUUCUUUUUGAGGCUGUGUUUUUAUAGGUAUAGAAGGUAAAAACUAAGGAACCAAUUUGUGAAUAAAAUCGUAAAAUCCAAAAUGGAAAAAUGAGAAAAAAGGAGAUGUUUUUAUAUGUAUAGAAGGUAAAAACUAAGGAACCAAUGUGUGAAUAAAAUCGUAAAAUCCAAAAUGGAAAAAUGAGAAAAAAGGAGAUAAGGAGUAGUCACUACCACCUGGUUACAGCCUCAAACGCAGGAUUAGUCACACAUUGGUUCCUUAGUUUUUACCUUCUAUACCUACAAAAACCUCGAUGCCCUUUUCGCAGCCCUGAUAUUUGGCAAUAUCGAGUGCCCUUUUUAAAGAAGGUGCUUAAUAUCGGUCUAUGGAUUAUGCCUCUUUUUGGCAUUUGUGGAAGUUCUGAAAUUCAGCAUUAAAAUCUGUGCUAAAUUAACAGUAAUCUAUUAGCAAAAUUCAAAUGGCCAUUUGGCAUCAAAUAUGUAACAAAUUUAUCCUUUUUGCACAUUAAGAGACAUUCUAACGUAAUCAUUCCACUCAUGUGUUCAAAAUCGAAGAUUUAAAAAUGAAUAUUUAUGAUACCAUCAUUUUGCCACUUUAUUCCUCAUACCUGGUUCUGUCGUCAAGAGAAACAAGUCACGCAGCUUGUCUUGUCCAAUGGUAGAAAAACCAAUCUUUGAAACAAUUAAAUUUUGCGCACAUUCCAUUUUUUGUGAAUAUAUAAAGCAUGCAGUGAACAAAGGUGCCGCUUUGUA